AUGUCUUGCCAUCUGCGCGAAAUUUCUGAAGAUUUUGUGGCUUCCCAUGAUACCGGAUUGUCCACCGAUGUUCGUUUGGCCAGAGCCACUGAAAAAAUCCUGGCAGUUACAGAGGCCCUAGCAAAAGACGAAGACAUACUGCGACGGACCCUGAGCGUGCGUUCCAUCGUAUCAAGCUCUUCAAGCUUCCCAGAGCGUAUGCAGCGAGCGAAAUUCCUUCAAGAUCCUGCAUUUGUUGUGAUCGGCCGAGGAACAUGCGGCACGAUCUUUGAGAUUCCUGGAACAGAGUCUGCGUACAAAAAAGGCAGUGAUAAGGACUCCCUGUGGAACGAUGCAAAUCUGACCAACACUGCCUGCCGUGCAGUGAUAGAGACCAAGACUUGUCUUCAGGAAAUAUUUCCAAAUACCUCAAUCCCUCGUGUGCCUAUAGUCACUGGAUGGAUCAGUGAGAAUGACUUACAGAACUGGUGGCGAGAGAACUUGUCACAAUUCCCCGAUGAUACUGAGAUUGGAUAUCUUUUCCAAGUCCAGCGGAUCUUGCCGCUUCCUAGGCCCUCCCGUGAAGCUCUCAUUCGCCUCUAUUUCCCGAAGAAAAUGCACCAUUCUGCAUACGAAGACCCGGAUAAUAAAGCAUGUCUUGUACGACCAUACCUUGGACAGCGAAGAGGAGAGUGGGAAUAUUCUCGUCCAGCACUCAGCCUUCAGAACUUUCCUCUUUAUCUCGAUCAGAUAGAGGAACUCCAGUUAGAAGCUGUCCAAUUUUCUGAAGAGAUGGCUAUUGGGCUGGCGAUCAUCCACUGGAAGGCUCACUUGGAAGGGAUGGACAUGGAAUUCGUACUCGGUAGCGCGACAACAAAUGGAGAACUUCCGACCGUGGUUGAGAACUUCAAGACGGUCAAGCCAUUUGAUAUCCCUGCUGGAGAUUUUAAAAGACGGCAGGUGCAUCUCUGGAUGCUCGAUUUUGAUAAGGCUGACCAGCUUGACUUGAAGGAGAGCUGGAAGUCUUGCUGCGAUAAGAUGGUCACUGCUGUGACAGCGAACGACCCCUAUUUCCCCAACCCAGCAGCCAUAGGAACUCUCGAACACAAGUUAUGGGAUACAUUUGAGCGCGCCUAUCUUCUUGCUGCGUCUAAUCUUCUACUUACACAGAAGGGGUUUCCAAAGAAAGCGAUUGAAUACCCGGCGCUAUUUUUGAAAGCAUGGAAGAAGAGAGCUACAGAACUGGCAAAGGACACGGAGGGUGAUUUUGUGGAGUUCGGGUAA